AUGCCUCUUUCCACCUCCCUUAUCUUGGCUGUCCCCGCCCUCGCUGUUUCGAAGCCUGUCGACUUUGCUUCCUCUAUUAUGUCUUCCAUUAGCAACGGCAUCGCAGCCUCACCAACCGCGUCCGGCCCUGGAGGUUCUGCUUUACGAACCCGGCCCUGGACCGUAAUCGUAGCCCCGGGCACCUGGUACCAGCCUGUUGAUGUUAACUUUGGCAUGCUCGAAGACGCAGCCCGCAUACGCGAUGAGUUUACCCGGCAGGCAGACCAGGGCAACAACGUCAUCCUGAUCGCACAUUCGUAUGCCGGUGUCCCAACCUCUACUGCGGUUGCCGGCCUAAGCGUCAAGGACCGUGCUGCAGCCGGCAAGAAGGGCGGCGUAGUGGGCGUGCCUGUGCAGGUCAGCUUAUUAAAUGCACUCCGAGGGCAAUUCCUAGCCUGGUUCAACGGCCAAUUUAUAAACCCUAUUAACCCCGCCUACGUUCUUUACAAUGACCUCACCAACAAGCCUUCAGUCAGUUGGGCUGUGUCACAGGUGCGAUCCAAAACCAAAAAGAUCCUAUCGGAGAAGAACAUUUUCCAACCGUGGAAAAAUGGUAUCCCUGUUGGGUACCUCUAUACAACCCCAGACAAUGCCUUGCCUUUGUCCAUGGAACAGAGUAUAAUUGCCGACUUCCCCGCGGAGGUAUUCAAGGUCAGGAUAGACACCGGUCACCCACCCUUCCUAAGCCAACCCAAGGCCAUGGCCAAAACCAUCAAGGCUGCAGCAGUCCAGUUUUCUGCCAGCAAGUAA